AAUAAAGUUUUCCUUGUGCAGAGCGUGCGCGCGCGGUGCUCCCUGGGUAGGUCACAGUGUCCAGGACUCCAUGUGUUGCCGCCGGUGAGAGGGAUAAGUGACCCGUCGGAGCCCUGACACCCGCACGCUCCGCCGCUAUGUUUGCUCGUCACGCCCGCUGCUGCUGGAGAGUGCGGAAAGUCGCCUCCUCCCUGAGCAGGUUAGAGGUAUCUGUAGUUAGGAAUUUACAGACCUCCAGCACACUUAGAAAUGAACCUUUGGCUACUCCGGCUUUAGACAAUGGACACAAAGAAUAUCCCCCCAAAAUCCACCAACUGGUAGACCAAAUAGCAAGUCUAACUCUUCUGGAAGUGUCUGACCUGAAUGAACUACUUAAGAAAACCCUGAACAUUCAGGAUGUUGGUAUGAUGCCAAUGGGCGCCGCGAUGCCAGGAGCGGUUGGCUCUGCUGUAUCUGCACAGGCCGUAGAAGAGGAGGAAGUGCCGGUGAAGAAAGAGAAAUCGCACUUCACUGUAAAACUGACAGAAUUUACCUCUGAAGACAAAGUGAAGCUCAUCAAAGAAGUGAAGAACUGCAUCCAGGGGCUGAACCUGGUGCAGGCCAAGAAGAUGGUAGAGUCGCUUCCCCAAGAGAUCAAGGUGAAUGUUGCCAAGGAAGAAGCUGAGAAGAUAAAGGCCUUACUGGAAGCUGCUGGGGGAAAGGUUGUGCUUGAGUGAAGCAUCCAGACUCUCUUUAGGACAAUUCAUUUGAGCAACUGUUUGGGAUCUAUUUUCCAAGCCUCAACUCCAAAGGCAAAAGAAGAGCAGGCCGAGGAAACAGACAGCAUGUGUGUUCUUGUAUCCGUUACUUGGAUUUACAGGAGAGCUGCUGAAGGGUCUUCAAUCAAGAUGUCUAAUGGGAACACAUCCACUGUAUAAGGGUCGGGUGGGGGUAAUGUGUUUUCUUCCCUCCAUGAACCUCUUGGCCUUUAAAGCACUUCACCUUGUAAUCAAUUGUUUAAUGUCUCAUCUAAUUUUUGUUUUUCUACAUUAAACUCUUACCCUGAGGCUGCUCCCUUCCCCCCCCCCCCUGUGCUUUGGCUUCUAUCAAUAUAUAAAUAGAUCAUUACACUUGUGUAAUGUAUGCUAUGGAUCACUAUUGAAAUAAUUAACUCCACCUGUGUUUCUAUUAAAAUGUGUCCGCAAGUAAUGAGUA